AUGGCCGCGCCCGAGUCCAGCAAGAAGCUGCGCAUCCUUCUCGUGCCCUUCUUCGCCACCAGUCACAUCGGCCCGUUCACCGACCUCGCCGUCCGCCUCGCCACAGCCAGCCCGGACGCCGUCGAGCUCACUCUCGCUGUCACCCCGGCGAACGUCCACGUGGUUCGCUCGGCCCUCGGGCGGCACGGCGCCGAGGCGAGCGGCGCGGUCAAGAUCGCCACCUACCCGUUCCCGCGCGUGGACGGCCUCGCCCCGGGCGUGGAGAACCUCUCGGCCGCCGGGGACGACGGGUGGCGCAUUGAUGCCGUCGCCGUCGACGAGGCCCUGACGCGACCGGCGCAGGAGGCGCUCAUCAGGGAACAGUCCCCUGACGCCGUGAUCACCGACGUCCACUUCGUCACCUGGAACAACACCGUGGCCGCCGAACUCGGCGUGCCGUGCGUUAUGUUCAGCGUCGUUGGCAUCUUCUCGACGCUCGUCAUGUACCACCUCGGCCGUGCCGCCGCCGUCGUCAGAGAUGGUCAGGAGGUGAUCGUCCCAGGGUUGCCGGCGCCGGAGAUACGGAUCCCCGCAUCCGAGUUGCCGGAGUUCCUGAGACGCCAACCGGAGCACGACGGGCUCAGGCAGUGCCAUGUGGCGAUGGGCAGGUGCUUCGGCGUCGCCCUCAACUCGUUCGUGGAUCUGGAGCAGCCAUACUGCGACAUGUGCGUGCGCAGCGGAUUCCUCAAGCGCGCCUACUUCAUCGGGCCCCUCUCGCUGCAGUUACCACCGGCCGGAGCAAGCACCAGCGAUUCGCCAUGCAUCGAGUGGCUCGGCGCGAAGCCGAGGUUUUCAGUGGUGUACGUAUGCUUCGGCACCUUCGCUGCCAUCUCGGAGGAGCAGCUCCGGGAGCUGGCGCUUGGGCUAGAAGCCUCGGGGAAACCAUUCCUGUGGGUGGUGAGGGCCAGCGGCUGGACGCCGCCGGAGGGCUGGGAGGAGCGCGUCGGGGAGAGGGGGAUGCUGGUGAGAGGGUGGGCGCCGCAGACGGCGAUACUGGCACAUCCAGCGGUCGGCGCGUUCCUGACGCACUGCGGGUCCAGCUCGCUGCUGGAGGCGGCGGCGGCAGGCGUGCCGAUGCUGACGUGGCCGCUGGUGUUCGACCAGUUCAUCGAGGAGAGGCUGGUGACGGAGGUCCUCAAGAUCGGGGAGAGGGUGUGGAGCGGGCCGCGGAGCACGAGAUACGAGGAGCAGACGGUCGUGCCAGCAGAGGCGGUGGCGCGAGCGGUGGCAAGGUUCUUGGAACCGGGCGGCACCGGCGAUGCGGCGAGGAGCAGGGCGGGGGUGCUCGCCGCGAAGGCACGCUCGGCUGUGGCGGAGGGCGGCUCGUCAUUUUGUGAUCUGCGCCGUCUCAUCGAUGACCUGAUCGAAGCACGAACGGCUGCCGGGACCCACGCCUGA